CUGCUAAGCACCCUCCCUACCUACCCCUCUUCCCUCUUCCCAAGCUCUCUGCAUAAGCACCAUCAACACAAACAAAAAUGCCACUGCCACCCACCACCCAACCCACAAAAAUAAUAGCCCUCUCCGGCCCCUCCAGCAGCGGCAAAACCACCCUCGCCCGCCUCCUGCACCGCAUCUUCACCCUCCCUUCCGAUGACCCGAAAAUCCACUCCCUCCUCAUCCACGAAGAUGACUUCUACCACCCGGACGAUAAAAUCCCUCAAACAACCCUCCCAACCGGCACCGUCCUCCAAAACUGGGACACGGCCGGCGCCCUCGACCUCGCCUUCCUGGCGGCUUCGCUGAGCUACGUCCGGACGCACGGGCGGCUGCCGCCCCGGCUGCGGUCGAAGGAGGAUCAGAAUGAUAGCCAGCCGGUGGAUUCUCCAGGCACAGGCACAGGCACAGGCACAGGAGCCGGGGUGGUGGCGGAGGGGGUGGUGGAGGAGUUGCAGAGACGGGUGCGGCAGCGGCUUGUCCGGCUACAAGCCGGGGCGAGGACGGUCGCGUUCGUGGAAGGGUUUUUGCUCUUCGCGCCACCGGCAGCGCCAGCUGGCCUAACUCCGACGAUGGCGGCGGCGCAGCACCCGCUGCGGGAGGUCCAUGAGCGGAUGGAUGGACGUUUGUUUUUGCCGGCGGCGUAUGAUAAGGUCAAGGAGCGGCGGGAGAGGAGGUCGGGGUAUGUGACUAUCGGGGCGGCGCCGGUGCCGGUGGCUUCUUCUUCGGAGGGGCAACAGAGUGGCGGGGACUCGGCGAAAGACGACAGGAUCGACCUGGAGGCGGAGGAUGAUCGGCCGCCGCAGAAUUUCUGGACUGACCCCCCCGGCUAUGUCGAUGAUAUCGUGUGGCCCAAUUAUGUCAAGGACCAUGCGUGGUUGUUGCUACCGGAGGAGGAGACGGAGGACGAGGACCGCUUGCUCAAGGAGUCGGAUCCCCAGGUGCUGGUCAGGCUCGUGGGUCAGGGAACUCGCGUGCGAGAACAUGCCGGGGUCACGGUGGCUCCGGGCCGUGGGGAUAAACCCAUCACGGAGCUCUUGACUUGGGCGGUCGAGGAAGUGUUGAAGCACCUAGAGGAAACGGUUUAGACCACAAGCAGAGCCCAUGACCAGACCAUUGUAAAUAUUCUACCUAGACUAGACUAGAG